AUGGGACUCACUCCGGAGGGAACAGGGGAGAGUCACGCCGGCGCUGCACAGCUGCAAACACCACACGCGGGCGAAGGAGAGAAACUCCGCGCAAAAACGCUCAGGAUGCAGACCAGCCAGGGAGUGGGGCGGGGGGGGCGCAUUACAGGAAAAGUCUCCCAACUCUCCCGGCGGAUGCAGAAGCUGCAGGCUGGGGAGGGAGGACCCUGCCCGGCCCCCCGCUUUCAGCGCGGGGGUUCAGGACGUGCCCAAACAAACGGGAUAUCCAAGGUCCCCCUGGCUAGACGGAGGGGGGUGUUCCCGACCCGCUGGCUUGCCACCCCCUUGCUAAAGGAGACCCUGGCCCGCUUGAGAUCGGGCCCAAGAGGGGCACUGGCCCGCGGGCAGCCGGCUCGGCGUCCGGGGGGGGCAUCGGCCUCGGGGGGCGCGCCAGCCGGCUUGGCCCGCUUCCCGCCGCCUCGGGGAGUCCCCGGGAGGCCUCCCUCUCGACGCCGCCUCCUUCGGGGGCUCCGGGCCGAGGGACCCCCGGGCCAAGCCGGAGCCGCCCGCCCGCCCGCCCGCCCGCGCAGGGCGAUCCCGCGGAGAGCCCGCCUCCCUCCCGAUCCCCGCGGCGGCUGCUCACCGUGGCUCCGGGGAGCGAGUGGCGCUGGCCGGGCGGCCAUGCAGCAAGGGGGCCGGCGUCGGCGCGGCCCGGCCUGGAGCGCGAAGGGCGGCCCGCCCGCCGGGCGACGGAGGCGGGCCGGGCGUGACUCAGGCCUCAGGAAUGCGCCCUGGCCGGCCAGCGCCGCGGAGGCGGAGGACGGAGCCCUCGCCGGGACGGCCGCGCCGAGCCAGGAGGCCGCCUCCGCCGACCGGGGAGCCUCCGCGCCUUGGAAGGCACGCAGGCCGGCAGGGACGGGGAGCCGGAGCCGCCAGGACGCGCCGGGGCGGCGGCCCCCCGACGAGCUGCUCCGGCGCCGGGGCGGGACGGGGAUCCCCGCCGCGGAAGCGGCGCCUGCGCCUCGAGGGACCCGGGGCGCGGGGAGGCUGCCCGUGCGCUCACCUAGCCGCCCGGGAGCCGCUGCGCUCCAGUCGCCCCCCGGAGGGAACCUGACCAUGAUCGGCCCUAACCGACGGGACCCCGGGACGGUUGGCCGUAGAACGGGCAGGGUUGGGUCGGAACGGGAACCCCGGACUGUUGCUGAAGGCGUGGGAACAGGGAGCCUCCGGCUCUCACCUUCCAUACACGUGAAGGUGGGGAAGAGCCCCCAGCGCAGCCACGUCGGACUUCAGAAGAGGAAGCUGAACCCCCACGAGGGUUUGGGUUCAGAAAGGGAUCCGAGAGGCAGAGUCGAGGGGAUCCAGUCUCUCCGCAAUGCUUGGGAGGCGCUCAAAACCACCCCGUGAGAAGCGCAGAUGAAAUGCAGAGACCGUCCCGAGAGGAACCGGAGGGCCCCGAGGAUGCCAGCGUGGUUAACCAGCGGAGUCAAAGACGCCGGGAGAGGCCAAGAAGCCUUCCUUCAAACAAUGCAAGUGUGGAAAAUGAAAAAAGGGCACGUACACUUUGGGGAAAGAAAUGCAAGCACAUUGAGGGGUGCAAAAAAUGGGGGGGAGAGAAGGAUGCCGAAAACAAAGACCCACAAAAAAAAAAAUAACUGUAUGAGUAUCCGGAGAGUGUCCAGGGGCAGUUGGGCCCUUGGAUGGCAAAGGGGUCAAAGGCGUGCAAAAAGAGAAGGAGAUUGCGGAAAAACCGGAUUAAUUCUUCACAUCUGCAUUUGCAGCAGAAGAUGGAAGACGGACCCCUGGGCCCAAAAUAAGUUCUGCAGGAAUGGAGUCUGAGGAACGGAGGGAACUGGUGGCCAGAGACAACAUUCUAGGCCUUAUUGACAAAAUAAUCCUGCCUCACUGAUGGGGGGGGGCGUCUGGGGUCCAGCAGGCCAAGAGCCCCAUCUCCACCAGAGCUGUGGGCAAGCUCACAGGUGGCUGGGAUGCCCACUUGACAGCCAUGGCAUCCUGGGAUCGCACUGUAAUGAAACUGUGGGGCUGGUGAGCAUGGCUUGGGAGGAACCGCCUUGGAGGCCAAUUCAGACCCUCUGCCUGCCCCCCAUCAGAGUUCUUUGAGAGCUUCAAGAAGCAUGCCAAUGUGAUCUGGUUGGCAUGGGGCACUUUCAAACAGCUUUCUGCAAUGUAUGUCACCAAAGAUUCCUGACUAAGCUUUGCAGUCAUGGAGUAAGAGGAGAGAUCCGGUUAAGAAACAGGAAACAGAAAGGAGGAAGAAGUGGACGGUCCUCCCAGUGGAGGAAAAUCGGAAGAGGAGUCUCCCAAGGAUCAGUAUUAAAGCCUCUGCUUUUAA